AUGGUUGUAUGUUUGCCACUGUUGGUACUUUGCUGGACAUUUAGGCUUACCUGCAGCAUGACCUCGCCUGCAUGGUUCCAGAACAUUUCCACUAGCCUUUUCAAUUUAUCUGGUGAUAUUAUGUUAGGUGGGCUCUUUGCCAUCAACCAGAUGACCGGCAACCUCAGCCAGAGGACUGAGCCAAAUGACAUGAACUGUGAAAGUUUGAAUGAGCUCGAACUUGGACUUGCAGUGGUGAUGAAGUUUGCUGUGGAUGAAGUCAAUGCGAACCAAGCGCUGCUCCCCGGCAUCAAGCUGGGUUAUGAAAUCCAUGACACGUGCAAACAAACUGCUGUGGUUGUGAAGCCAACUAUCUCUUUCUUGUCUGCAAAAAACAGCAGAGAGCUAUCCGUGCAGUGCAACUACACUGACUACGAGACAAGCAUGGUGGCCGUGAUUGGUCCCUUCGACUCUGAAAUGGUGUCGGUCAUUGGGAAAGUUCUGGGAUUCUUUUUAAUGCCGCAGAUCAGCUUUGGCGCCACCAGCAACAAAUUCAGCAACAAGCGUGUCUACCCGUCGUUCUUCCGCACGGUACCCAGUGACACAUUGCAAAUUAAUGCCAUGGUGCUUCUGCUGAAAGAGUUUGAGUGGAACUGGGUGGCGGUGGUGGCCAGUGAUGAAGAGUUCGGUCAACAAGGUGCACAGGAGUUUGCCAAGAAAGCCGAGACCACGUCAAUGUGCGUUGCCUACCAGGGCAUGAUUCCGGUCUAUACCGACCCUAUAGAAACGGUUAAAAAUAUUGUCGACAACAUCCAAGCCACCAAAGUCAAAGUGGUGUUGGUCUUUUCUCUUCCGGAUCCAGCUGUGGUCUUCUUUAAAGAGGUUAUCAACAGAAAAAUACAGGGUGUGUGGAUCGCCAGUGGAAGUUGGGUUGUUGACUAUCGUCUGACGUCCAUCCCCAAUAUACAAACUAUCGGUACGAUCAUCGGCUUCACCUACAAAACAAAGACCCUUGAUUUGCUCCCAGCCUACACAGAGGUUCUCUUUACAAAACUGAGUGAGCAGAAGAAUACUUCCUAUGAUACAUCAAAGGUCCAGAAUCCUUGUCCACAAUGUUGGAACUUGUCACCUGCCAACAUGAGCUUAGUCAUGGAUCCAGCAGUAAGGAGAGUAUCUUUUAGUGUGUAUGCUGCCAUCUACAGUGUGGCUCAGUCAUUGCAUAAAAUGCUUGGAUGCAAUUCUACUACUUGCAAAUGGGAUUCAGAGACCAGAAUUCUUCCUUGGAAGUUGUUACAAGUGUUACAGAACACAUCUUUUAACAUAAAUGGCAAACACUUGGUGUUUGACAGUAGCGGAAACCCCAACAUAGGUUACAGUGUGAUCCAGUGGGUUUGGACCGACUCACAUUUAGGGUUUCUGGUUGUCGGAAGCUUUGAUGAAGAGCUCAACAUCAACAAGUCUCUUUUUGUAUGGCACACUGAAAAUUCACUGGUACCUAAAUCUACCUGUUCAGCGGCAUGUGGGAUCGGUCAAGUUCGCCGAGUCAAAGGCUUUCAUUCGUGUUGUUUCGAUUGUGUUGACUGCCUGCCAGGCACUUAUCAAGCCAAAAAUGAAGACAUCCAGUGUACCCCAUGCCCAAGGGGCCAAUGGUCGCAGUCUCUAAGCACUAACUGCAGUGAACCCACCUUUGAAGUCUUAUCCUGGGACACACCUGAAGCACUUUAUCUGGCCUUAGGCGGGGCACUGCUGCUGCUGUGUCAGGUCGGUGUGGCCGUCAUAUUCCUGCUGCACUGGCGGACCCCCAUGGUGGCGGCCUCUGGCGGACCCUUGACCUUUGUGGUGCUUUUCAGCCUGAUGGGAGCCUGCCUUAGUCUAGCGCUCUUCCUGGGGCAGCCAGGGGAUUCACUGUGUCGCCUUCAGCUGCCUCUCAUCUCUAUUUUACAAACCAUUGCCCUCUCUGUUAUCACAUCCAUUUCCCUGCAGAUAUUACUAAUAACAGAAUUCCACAGCAAGGCCACCCGUCACCUACAGACACUUCGAGGUCCUGCUUGCUGGCUGUUUUUGAUCAUCUGCUGCGCCUUUCAGGCCGGUUUCUGCGGGUGGUACAUCCAAGAGGGGCCGUCUUUGUCGGAACACAUAGCUAAUAUGGAGAUAGACUUCCUGAGGGCCUUUUUGUCAUGUCCUGUCAUACCGAUGGUCGGACUGGCCUUGAUGCAAGGCCUCAACAUUUUAAUGGCCCUUAUGUCAUUCAUGUGCACUUUCAUGGCGACAAAACCUCCGCAUCAGUACUACCUUGCCAGGGACAUCACCUUUUCUGUGUUAAUAUACUGCAUUAUUUGGGUGAUCUUUAUUCCCAUCUACAUGGGUCUGACUGAAAGAAACAGGUACACAAUUUUGAUUUCCUUCAAUAUGGUUAGUAACUUUGGACUAUUUGCAGCUUACUAUUUCCCAAAAUGUUACCUACUAUUGAGGAAACCUGAGCUCAACACCUCGGAGUACUUUUGUACCUUUUUGGAAGGUGCAAUGCCAGCUAGUGUGGAGCCGCAGAAUGGCAGUGGGCAAGACCAAUAA